CAGAUGAUAGUGCUGAAGUAGAAAUUAUUUGCAUUAAUAAUGCAUUACAAAGUUUAAAGACUGUGAAUUUAUUUUUGCUUCAACAGGAAAAUGCAAGUGAACAAAUAAAAUUGGUGGGUAAAAUUGAGAAAUUUAUUAAAAAAGAACAAACUAAUUCAAUGCAACAGACUACUCUAGAUCAAUACUUUAGAUAG